UUGUUUGGUGUUGACUGAGAAUAAUCAAACUCUUUGUAAUAGGAAUAGGUCUUCCACAGUUCCACUGCGUUCUAACUAAAACACAUACGCAUAUGUUCUUUAUACAGAUCGGUUGGACGAAAAGCGAUUUUCAAGAGGAGACUUAUGGCUGAGGCACUUUUACCGUUUGCAGUGGAGAGGCUUUGGAACCUCCUUGUCCGAGAAACUGGGAGAUUUCAAGGAGUUGAAGAGCAAUUCGAGGGAUUAAAGAGUGAUGUUGAAAAGUUAAGGUGUUUUCUAGAAGAUGCAGAGGCCAAAAAACAUACAAGUGCAACGGUAAAACGCACUAUCCAAGCGGUCAAAGAAAUAGUUUUGGACGCAGAAGAUAUAGUCGAAACCUUUGUUUUAAUGGAAGAACUCGGAAAUAGAAGAGGCAUCACGAACACUGUAAGAAGACUUUCUUGUGUUAGUUUGGAGCGCAGGGGACUUGCAAUGGAUAUGAAAGCUGUACGUGAGAGGAUCUCUAAGGAGAUACACGAUAUGCAGAGUUCUGACGUACAACAGCGGGUCAUUGUCAGAGAAAGGUGUAUGCCUCCACAGGACGAACAAAGACAAACGUUUUAUAUCGUUGAUGAAGAGCAACCUAUUGUUGGGAUGGAGAAAAAUAUUGAGCUAGUGGUUGGCUAUUUGUUGGAGGAGGAUAGCCGUCAAGUGUUUGCUAUAACCGGGAUGGGUGGUAUUGGAAAAACCACACUCGCAAGAAAAGUUUUCAAUCAUGAGAAAAUAAAAAAACAUUUUCAAGAAGGAUUAGCGUGGGUUUGUGUUUCACAACAUUUUGAAAAGAAGACUAUCUGGCAGACAAUCUUGCAACAACUCAGGCCAGAAUGUGAUGUGUCAAAGAUGAUGGAAGGCAAACUUCUGGAGAAGAUUGUUCGAGUGCUGGAAACACAAAAGGCUUUGUUCGUCAUUGAUGAUAUAUGGAGAGAAGGAGACUGGGACCUAAUCAAGCCUGUGUUUCUGCCAAAAAAAGGAUGGAAGGUAUUACUUACUUCUCGCAAUGAGGAAGUGGCAUUACAUGCAGAUAAACAUUGUGUCACCUUCAAACCAGAGUGCCUAACUUUUGAAGAAAGUUGGGAUCUUUUUCAAAGGAUAGCAUUUCCUAUUAAAGACACAGCUGAAUUUAAGAUUGAAGAAGACAUGAAAGAAAUCGGUAUGGAGAUGCUUAAACAUUGUGGAGGUUUGCCAUUGGCUAUUAAGGUGUUAGGCGGGUUGUUAGGUAAGAAAUACGCAUUGCAUGAGUGGAAAAGGAUAUACGAGAGUAUUAAUUCUAACAUGGUCGGAGGAUUCGAGGACGUUUUCCAUGUUUUGUGUUUGAGCUUCGAAGAGCUGCCUGUUUAUUUGAAGCACUGCUUCCUAUACUUAGCUCAUUUUCCAGAAGAUUAUAAAAUAUCUGUGGAGAAAUUGUCAUAUUAUUGGGCUGCAGAAAGAAUACCAAGGACAAGAUAUUAUGAUAGAGCGAGCAUCCGAGAGGUUGCAGAUGGAUACAUAGAAGAUUUGGUUAAGAGAAACAUGGUUAUUUCUAAAAGAGACGUUGAUACUUCAAGAUUUAAAACACUUCAGUUGCAUGACAUGAUGAGAGAGGUUUGUUUACGCAAAGCUGAAGAAGAGAAUUUCGUACAAACCAUUGGCACAUCAACUGCAAAUUCGAAAUCUCCUUGUAAAUCUCGCAGACUUGCUGUUGUACGUUUGUGUGAAAAAAAUUUUAAUGUCGAUAAGGAGGUGAAGAAUCCAAGCCUUAGAACUAUCUUGUUUAUCGACUGCAUGAUAUGGAAGGCAACAAGUUUAUUCUUUACAAGGCAUAAGCUGAUGAGAGUGUUAGAUCUCUCUUGGGCCAAGUUUGAAGGAGGGAAGGUACCUUCUAGCAUCGGGAAGCUCAUCCACUUGAGAUAUCUUAGUUUUGAGCGGUCAAAUGCAACUCAACUGCCUUCUUCUAUGCGGAAUCUGAAGAAGCUGCUCUAUUUAAACCUAGCUGUGUAUGCUGAAGUCUACAUCCCCAAUAUCUUGAAAGAGAUGCGAGAAUUGACAUUCUUGUGGUUGCCAAAGAGCUUACACGAUGAGACAAAGUUGGAAUUGGGAAAUUUGGUUAACCUGGAGACAUUGGAGUUUUUCUCCACAAAACAUGGGAGAGUGACGGAUCUACAUGUUAUGACACGGCUCAGAUCUCUCUCUAUCUUUAUUACAAACGAGAGUUAUACCACGGAGACUCUAUCUUCAUCGCUAUGUGAAAUGAGAUGCUUGGAGAAUCUUACUACAGAAUAUUACGAUAAUUCCACGAAUGAUGAAAAUAUUAGAGACGAGAGGUAUACUAUGGUAAUUCUAUCUUCAUUUCUAAGUAAGCUUUCACACUUGGAGAUUCUUACAAUAUGUAACGGCAACAAGUUUUAUACUCCCACGAAUGAUGAUGAAGAAGGAUUUUUUUGGGAUUUUGUUAAUCUCAAACAGCUGUGGUUGGAGAUAUAUAUGCCAAGGUUACCUGAUGCGCAACGCUUUCCUUCUCACCUUACAACCAUACAUCUAGAGAAUUGUUGUUUGAAAGAGGAUCCAAUGCUGAUUCUAGAGAAGUUGCUUCACUUGAAAGAGAUUUGUUUACAAUCUCGAUCUUUCAGUGGGAGAAGAAUGGUUUGCUCGAGGGAUGGGUUUACUCAAUUGCAGAAGCUACAAUUUGAUGGAUUAAAGGAGUGGGAAGAGUGGAUAGUAGAAGAAGGCUCUAUGCCCCUUCUCCGUACUCUCGAAAUUUACAAUUGCAUAAGAUUAAAGGAGCUUCCUGAUGGGCUGAGAUUCAUCACUAACUUGGAGGACCUGAUUGUUUGUAAUAUGGGAGAUGAGUUCAAUUUGAGAUUGUCGGAAGGAUACUUGCCUUCUCACCUUACAACCAUAUCUCUAAGGGGUUGUCAUUUGACAGAGGACCCAAUGCCUAUUUUAGAGAAGCUUCUUCACUUGAAAGAGAUUAGUUUAGAUUAUCGAUCUUUCAGUGGGAGAAGAAUGGUUUGCUCGAGGGAUGGGUUUACUCAAUUGUAGCUUCUGCAAUUGAGUAAACCCAUCCCUCGAGCAAACCAUUCUUCUCCCACUGAAAGAUCGAGAUUGUAAACAAAUCUCUUUCAAGUGAAGCAACUUCUCUAGAAUCAGCAUUGGAUCCUCUUUCAAACAACAAUUCUCUAGAUGUAUGGUUGUAAGGUGAGAAGGAAAGCGUUGCGCAUCAGGUAACCUUGGCAUAUAUAUCUCCAACCACAGCUGUUUGAGAUUAACAAAAUCCCAAAAAAAUCCUUCUUCAUCAUCAUUCGUGGGAGUAUAAAACUUGUUGCCGUUACAUAUUGUAAGAAUCUCCAAGUGUGAAAGCUUACUUAGAAAUGAAGAUAGAAUUACCAUAGUAUACCUCUCGUCUCUAAUAUUUUCAUCAUUCGUGGAAUUAUCGUAAUAUUCUGUAGUAAGAUUCUCCAAGCAUCUCAUUUCACAUAGCGAUGAAGAUAGAGUCUCCGUGGUAUAACUCUCGUUUGUAAUAAAGAUAGAGAGAGAUCUGAGCCGUGUCAUAACAUGUAGAUCCGUCACUCUCCCAUGUUUUGUGGAGAAAAACUCCAAUGUCUCCAGGUUAACCAAAUUUCCCAAUUCCAACUUUGUCUCAUCGUGUAAGCUCUUUGGCAACCACAAGAAUGUCAAUUCUCGCAUCUCUUUCAAGAUAUUGGGGAUGUAGACUUCAGCAUACACAGCUAGGU